GAACAAAUCCACUUCCUGUCCGAUCACACGUUUGGUUAAACUUCCGUUUUCGAGAGAGCGACGACGAACUCAUUUUGUCCCAGUGAAAAAUACUCAGUUUUAUUUUUACUCAGCUGCUUUCGUCGACCAGGCAGCCAUGUCCAGUCGCGAAGCCCUCAACAUGAAGCUCCCACCGAUCCAGUCCACGGCCGGAGCCGUGCCGGUCCGGAAUGAGAAAGGUGAGCUCUCCAUGGAGAAGGUGAAGGUGAAGAGAUAUGUGUCAGGUAAACGUCCUGACUAUGCACCAAUGGAGUCGUCGGAUGAGGAAGAAGAGGACUUCCAGUUCGUGAAGAAGGGAAAGGAACUUGAGCCAGAGGUGGAGCUGGAGGAAGAUGACAUCUCUGACCCACGUCUCAAACGCUUGCUCAACCGCGUCUCUGAGGACGUGGAGGAGAGGCUCGCAAGACACAGACAGAUCGCAGAGCCUGAAGUUGUUGCUGAGAGCAGCGAGGACUCCGAUGAAGGCACCUGGCACCCAGAGCAUGAAGAGAGUAGUGAGGAGGAAGAGGAGGAGGAGGAAGAAGUGGAUGAUGAGGAAAUUGAGAGGAGACGAGCAAUGAUGCGGCAGCGAGCCAUGGAACGAAAGAAUGAGGAGAUGGAGGUCAUGGAGGUGGAGGAGGAAGGGAAGUCGGGGGAGGAGUCGGAGUCUGAGUCCGAAUAUGAAGAAUACACAGACAGCGAGGAUGAAGCAGAGCCGCGUCUCAAACCUGUCUUCAUUCGCAAAAAGGACAGAAUCACAGUGGCGGAGCGUGAAGCAGAGGAGCAGAGGCAAAGAGAGCUGGAGGCCGAGGCCAAGAAGCAGGCAGAGGAGCGACGGCGCUACACCCUCAAGAUCGUGGAGGAGGAGGCCAAGAAGGAGUUUGAGGAGAACCGUCGCACACUGGCUGCUCUGGAAGCCCUAGACACUGAUGGAGAAAACGAGGAGGAAGAAUACGAAGCCUGGAAAGUCCGAGAGCUGAAACGCAUCAAGAGGGACAGAGAGGCCAGAGAAGUCAUGGAGAAGGAGAAGGCUGAAAUCGAGAGAUUCCACAACUUGACGGAGGAGGAGCGCAGGGCUGAGCUCCGCAACAGUGGCAAACUCGUCACCAACAAAGCCACCAAAGGCAAAUACAAGUUCCUGCAGAAGUACUACCACAGAGGAGCCUUCUUCAUGGAUGAGGAGGAGGACGUGUACAAGAGAGAUUUCAGCGCGCCUACGCUGGAGGAUCACUUCAACAAAACCAUCUUACCCAAAGUCAUGCAGGUCAAAAACUUUGGCCGGUCUGGACGCACCAAGUACACCCACCUGGUGGAUCAGGACACCACGUCGUUCGACUCGGCCUGGGCCCAGGAGAGCGCUCAGAACAGCAAGUUCUUCAAGCAGAAGGCGGCAGGCGUGAGGGACGUGUUCGACCGGCCCACGGUGAAGAAGAGGAAGACUUAAGAUGCGACAUGGACUUCAUCGGGCGCACGCUGCAGCUUUUACGAGACUGUUCGGAGACGCCAAUUCUCUUCCCUGGACUUCAUGCUGUGGAAGGAAAGCGGCAAAUAGACUGAUUCCAACACUCUGAAGUGUCUGUCUAACAGGAAGGUUCAGAAACAUUUAAAAAAAACAAACAAAAAAAAAAAAACUUAAUUCCUUGUUGGCUGUUCAAACCCAACUUAAGGUUCAGAUAGUUGUGAAUGUGCAGAACAUCACUUUAAUGUGGAGUUUUGGCUGUUAAAAUGGAAUAUAGCUUAAAUUGAGGAGAUGGGGAAGGAAACUAUGAAGUGAAAUCAGCUUUGUCCAGAACUUCCUGAGGAUUUCUAUCCAUAGUCAACAAGUUUGUGGAUUUUUAAGCCACGUCACACCCAGAUACCUCCCCCAUUUUAAAGCAAAGGAAUUUUGUAAAUAUCAGCUAAUAACAGUGUGCAGAUUCUUGUUCUGAUUUCCUGACAUGUUUGUGAAAGUACAGGUAUUGUAACUUGAUUUGUUGGCAAAUAAAAUUUGUAUUUUCCUUA